AUGGUUUUCCAAAUUAAAUAUAUUACGCUAAUCUUUAAGGAUAGUGCAGGAGUUGUGGAUUUCGCACUAUUUACGUUGGAUGUCCCAUUACCUGUGUGUCAAACCAGACGCGGCAGAAUGUUUUCGAUAAUUAAAUUACCUGUAGAAGACAUUCAAGCUGAUAAGUGGAAAUUUUUUGAGCCAUCAGAAAAAUAUGUUAAUGAAUGUGCCAUAUUUGGUUACGGAUCCUCUGAGAAGGGAGGUCCUGAUGGCGAGUUACGCAGGGCAUCAAAUCUUUCAGUGCUGGAGGUCAACAGAAGACUUCUAAUCCCACUGCAAAUGGAUAGGAAAAAAGGUCGAAUCUGUGGAGGCGAUUCAGGGGGACCCUUCGUAUGCGAUACAGAUUACGGUGAACGACUUUAUGGAUUACUGUCUCACUCGGAACCCCUGAUAUACUCACAGCCUCCUUCUUGCUAUGGCGAAGUAGAAGCGUACUUGUUCGAUGUCAUGAGCGGUACACGAGAAAUGUUGCCUCAUGUCAAGGAAGCUCUGGUGAAACUCAACAAAUUGGAUGAGUUCAUUGAUGAUAAUUCCAAAUGCGAAGUUUGGAAGGCGGAAACAAAAAAUGAUCGGAAUUUUUAA